ACGCCGCGUACAUAUCACAGGAGCCUGGCCAGGUUUGCUGCCGUACCAAGAGUGCCCAGGAGAUACGAUUCCUGCCAUCUUUUGUUGCCGCCAAAUGUUAGCCGUCCGACAAGUCUUGAUCCGGGAAACUCCAAAAUUCCGCACGGCAGCGUCGCUGUUCGGUCGCAUUGGUAAAUGGGCUGUUCGAGCAGAACUGAUCGGACGCCCUUAUCUCAUUCUGGUAGAAUCCUGGUGGUAAGCAUCAAGGGAGUCAUUAGAAGGACAUCGGUUCGCACCUCACGCAAACUCCAGUGAGCCAUGACUCGCCAGUCCUUUAAGGUCAGCGCGGACAACGCUCCAGACAACCCUCCUUCCAAACGGCGCAAGUUGUCGCAUCAUGAUUCUCAUCAUCAGGAGGCAUCUACAAUCCAAUCCCCAACAGGUCCACCACUACAAAGCAAGACGAGCAAGUCCAAAUCCAAACAGAAACAGAAAUCGGCGUCGAGACGAACUCGAACACUCAAAUCUCAACCACCGCGCCAGAGUCGGCCUAUAACCCAAUACUCCCAUGGCCAACUCGAAACAAACCAAACAAACCGACUUCGUGCGAAAUCAUUUCCCCGAUCUUCAUUAUCUUCUAUUAAAAAGAUCUCUUCAGCAUCAGCAUCUACAACUGGCACAGCGACGCCCGUGCCGGAACACAGUACCAAUGUCAAAUUAUCAACCACGAAAUCCCUUCUCGACCAAAUCUGGGCGCGCAACAAGAACCAACACCGUUCCCAACCCUGGUGGAAAUCACUUGGAAUGCUACGAAAAGCAAUCACGCACCUCGUGGCCAUGGACGAGGCCGAGCAUUCAUUGAAACUACUACAAGGUUCCACUGCCAGUAUAGAUGCCAAACAAGUCCGACAACGCUUCGAGCAAGAGACCCAAAUCCGUCGUGAAAGAGAGGUAUGGCACGGCUGGAUGCGUGAGGUUCUCGUGCCACGCGCAUAUGUGGGCUUCACUGCGUUGGUGGCGGAUACCCAGUUCGCUGCGUUGGGCGUCGUGCUCGUGGGGAUAUUGGCGGAUGUGAUGGGUGUGGUGGGUGCGCCGACACCGACGCCGAUGGAGGAUGACCAGAGAGCAAGAGCGCAACAAAGCGGUGGAGUAAGAGGUGCGCUGGAUCUGACUCAAAAGGUUCCUGGAAUGAGUCAGUCGCUGUCCAAGACUUUGACGGCCAGGAGUUUGAGGGUGACGGGUUCCCAGAGCGGCGAGGUUGUGGAAAGGAUGUACGAUAGCGAUGAUUUGGGCGAGGUUGUUGAACGGACGAAUUUGAACAGAAACAGGAACGGGAACGGGAACGGGAACAGUGGUGUUGUCGAUACACCACCGUUGGGUGCCGAAUCACUGCGGUCUAUCUCGAUACCUGUUGAUGCUGGUGCUGAUGCUGCUGCAGCUGCACUUGGGCUGGAUGACUCAAUGGCGACCGUCGACAAUGACAACGCUGGCAAAGUUGGCGGUCCUAGCGUUCCUGUUUCGGACCCCAAACAACAGAACCACCGUAUGAAUACAUACGUCCAAGAGGGAGCGAACCCCAAAGAGGAUCUUUCAAUUGGUACACCGCCAGAAUCCGCAUCACCAUCACCGCGUCAUCGUCUGCUGUCCAUGGAAGCAGAAUCAGAUCGAGCACAAAACCAAAAGCCAGAUACGACGACGAUCAAACGCCGCCGCAGUCGCACCGACGAGAGGGCCCUGCAACAGGAGCUGCAAGCGAGUGCAAGCAAGCCAAAGUCAAGCAGCAACAACAACAACAACAGUUCCAGAACUGAGUCCAAGGCCAAGCCUAAAGCCAAAGCUAAGGUCAAUGUCAAGGAGACUCCGACCACCGACACCAUGACAGUCACGAAGACUACUCCUUCUGUUGCCGCUAUUACCGCCGCUACUCCUGCUGCUGCGGCAGCGGCUGCGGCUACUGCUCUUGCUAAGCCCAAGAAGAUGUCAGCAACAACAGCAACAGCAACGGCGCCAGUGACAGCAAUGUCAACCAAGAAGGCAAAGGAAAAGGAGAAGGACAAGAAGGAAAUGAAGAUGAAAAAGAAAAAGAAUGCGAUUGACGACAUGUUUUCGGGGUUCAUCUAGAGAUGAAAUGGUUAUAGCACAGUACGUGCACGAGGUAUCCCUAGAUAACGGAUACGAGAACUGCAUUGUAUUCAAUAUGCCACUGCAGAUCUUUUCAUCUCACCUCAUGUCAAGCUUUCAAGUUCCAA